GCUAUACUCAUGCUGCUUGUACUAGUAAAGUAUCGACAGCUCUUGAACGAAGACUUCUUACGUCAAUCAUAGUUGAAAGCGAGUUGAGAGAGGCAGAGGCUGUAUCGUAUGUCGUGCGAAGCGAGUGAGACGUCAUCCCUAGAAUACGAGUACCCUUCACAAUGCCCCAAUCCAACUCUAUUUCUUGCCCCAUGUCGAGGUUUUUGAUUUUAUCACUCCAAGAAUGGAAUCAUGAUCACGAUGUAGUAUUCCAAUCCUCUUACUAUCUAAGACUAAGACAGCAGGAUGGCAUCUAGAUCUACUUCUAGUAUUUCUUCUAGUCUUAUUUGAAACUACAGCAUCAUCUUCUUCUUCAAUUGUCUCUUCAUGAACUAGAUGAAGCGUAGUCAACAUUCGAAUCUAAAGAGUAGUCAACAUUUUUAGUCUUUUUUCUUCUUUUUUCCCCGAUAUCUGGUAUAGUCGCACAACUCCAAAUAUGCCACGAGUUUUUUUUCGAUCCACAUUUCAUCAGCUGUUUAUUUCGAAAGAACAAUCAGAUGUGAGGGACAACAGGCGACCUCCUCCUCAUCCUGCAAACAGCUUCCAAUGCUCUUCAUGAGAACCACAACGACGUCUCGUUCUUCACUGAAGCAGGAAGCCGUCGGAUGUCAUCAAUGCUAUUUGACGGAGCGGAGAGUUCCCCUGGAGCAUCGCUGCUGCUCGAAGUUCAAAGACAAGAAGAAUCUUCAACUAGUACACUGGUGCUAUUUUAGAGAAGUCGCUGAACAAGCUCAAGCACCCUGCUGACGUGUACGUCAAGCAGAGGCACGCUCCGAACCCUUGUGGUCACUUCGACGACGAUCGAAUAACGGUGCACGAUAGUCAUAGUAUCUGUCUGUCCAUCAAGUAGACACGGCACCGGUAGCACCGCUCGGGAGCUGCACAUCUCCAUCUACUCAUGCGUCUCACCCUAGCGCAACGCCUCGUUCUCGUACGUCUUUACUAACCUAAGAACAACUCCACAAGGUGCUAACCUAAGCAACUACUACACAAGGAGAAGGACAGGUACCAGUACGACUCGUGCGUCUCUGCUAACUUAAGCAACUACUACACAAGGACAGGUACCUACGUCUUUAUCAAAAUGCCGGAAGCAUUGACUCUUGAGGAGCAGAAGAAGGAUGAACUGGAGCUGUACAUCUCUAGUGUCAUCUACCUUUUCUCCUUCGCGGCAUUGUCCACUUUCACCGGCCUCAUCGUGUUGUUGAUGAACAUGAUGGCGUUGAUGAUUUUCAGACCAAAGUUAAGGCAUCAAUAAACAAGAGAUGAGGAUGAGCAACAUGAACAUCUUUUUUAGAAGCAUCUUCACCCCUGUUGGCCUGUCACGGGGUGGAAAAAGGGCCGAAGGAUGGUAGGCUCGCCUCCCCAUCAUCCCUGGCCUAUCUCUUAACGGUAUAGCGGGUCGAGAAAGGAUGGUCAUGGUCUCAAGGAUGCAAAUAAACGGUAGCUCUAACAAACGGAACGUCUGCAGGGGCACUGGACUUUGUGGCCAUUGGGUUACUGGUUGUCGCAUUAUUCGCUACCAUGCUGUUCUCAUAUGUAGCAGUGCAGAAAUUCGCACAGGGACCGCUGUUUGUGGCUUUGGUGGUCGUUGCAACGUUUGGCUUGGUACUACUAAUAUUGUGAUUUGUCAUGGCAUGGAGAAAAUGAAUAGCCACGUGACUUUCUCUUUGUCUUUGUGAGACUCAGAAGAUGUCAAUAUCAAUCUGAUGAAAUUCUAUUCGCGUUCUCCGUCUCUACCAAUUCGACCAUGUCCAAAUUUCAAGAACCCUCAUCACUUUUAAACCAUCUGCACCUUCUUCAUCCAGGUCGGCGGCGUCAUUUCCAAGAUCGUUUUCUCUGAUGUACCUGCAGUGAUGUAUUACCUCAGCUUCCUGCAUGAGAUAUGUUGUCUCAUACUUUUGUGGACCUGCAGCAACCACCGCAAUGCGUUUUUUAACGCUAUUGAGUAUACUUGGGAUCAGUUCGAUUGGAUGGACAAGAUUGUACGUCCAGGGCUAGAAGAAGCCCUUAUCAGGAUGUACCUGAAGUACUGAAGGCUGAGUUUUGAUAUCUUUUUUUUUGCUGGAUCGUCAAUCAUAUUAUCUUUGCAGUAGUACUAUCUUGUUGAUAUUGGAAGAGAACGUUUUUUCACGUUAGUUAAUUCAUACCAUAGCUUCAAAAGACCAUCCUUGUUCGCAUCUUUGUUGAUAACAACUACACGUUCAUAACAACACUCCUCCAUUCUCUCAACACUGUAGAUGAAAUCUGGAUGUAACCUCCACCUCCAGGGCGAAACCGCUCGAAUUUACUCCUGAAGAUGAGGUCAUCAUUGAGGCGAAGAACGAAGAAGAGACCCUAGACGAGAUGAUGAGGAAAGCGAAGGAAUAUCCCACGCAAGUGAUAAAGACUUUCGCGAAGAGCGAUUUCGAAUUGGAUUUCCAGAAUAGUGUGAAAUUCUACACAAGGCAGAAGCGUGAACUUUGCGAGUGGAUGCAAGCGGUAAAAUACGACGACAUAGCAGACAAUCCAGAAGAUAACGCGUGGAUGAGCGAUAAGAUAGGUACAACUAAUUAGACUUACUGUUACUAAUAUUACUUCUAGUUCGAGAUGUUGUCCAAGUCCAAUAAACUUGUGGUCGUGUCUUCGAUCGCUACUAGUAACUUGGUUUUUUUUUUUCUUGUUGACUUCUUGAUCUUGUUCUUCGAGCCUGAAUUAAGAUUCUGCCACGUAGUACGUCUACAACUUCAUCAUCUCGUCUACUUCCCUACUCGUCAUCUUCUACUCUACUCUUAUUUUAACUCUAUCCAACAACACACACUACGCUCACCAGGCAAAACCCUUGGUCGAAAUAUGAUGGGCGAACGCGCAUAUAGUAGAUACACUGAGGGCAUACGGAAGGAGCAAGCGGCGCUUGAGGGUAGGGAAUAUCAAGGGAAGAAGAAGAAGCGACGUCCUGGUGAACCAGAUCAGGUGGAGCUGGGUCCGACUGAAAUCGUCAAGGUUACAGAUUUCUAAAAAAAUUCUGAAAACUGCAUACUACUUUGAAGGUGGAAAAACCGAGUUUCUUUUUUGUCAAUUCAACAGAACUUUUUUUCUUCGUUUUCAACAAAAAAUACCGGCAGUAGCAGCCAAAGCAGCAU